GUCUCAUAUUUUACACGUGACUUUGGCAAGCGGAAGGAAAAUAGUUUCUAUCAAAACUUGGUAUUAUUUAGACAAGAUCCGGACAUUAUAGUUACUAUAAUGCAGUUCGCAAUAGACUACGUAUUUGCCACAAAUGACUAAAACAUCAACACUAACAUGAAAGUCGGCUCUAGAACAUGAAAAGCUGGUGUCGCAGUCCGUUACUCGUCUGCCGAAGCCAAUGAGGAAACCAGUCAGGGCGCAUUACGCACACCCUGUCCAGCCAAGAAACCGCGAAAAAGCGUGUGAACUUCAUAGCAGCGAGUCUUUGAACGGUGUCUAAAGAGUUGAGCAAUGGCAGAAAAGGAGCUACAAAGAGUGAGGAAAGAUUUUAUAAAAAGGGUCACCAAACCAGUAAUCAAUCAGCUUUUGGAUGGCCUCUUGGAAGACCGUGUCUUGAAUGAUGGGGAGAAAGAUUCCAUUCUGGAAGAAAAUAGCUCCACAGCUGACAAGGCACGCAAUCUCAUUGAUAAUGUGUGGAAGAAAGGACCUAAAGCCAGCAUGAGGAUGAUUUUUCAUAUUGAAGAAAAUGAUUCUUCACUUUACUCUGUGCUGGGUCUGUCUUCUGGUCAGCCUGCUCAGCCAGCAGCACAGCCGCAGAUUGACCCUUCAACCCCAGCCAUCCUCACUGUACAGGAGUUCUGGGAGAAGAUGAAGAAUGAUAAAGAUUGUUACUCCGUUAGUAAAACUUCUUAUGAGAAUCGAGUGGCCCUGUUGAUCACCAACAUAGAGUUUUCUAAUAAGAGGCUGAACAGAGCGGGAGCUGAAAAAGAUGAGGAGAACAUGAAUAAAGUGCUCUCAAGUCUGGGAUAUAAGGUGGAGAAACAUAGAAACCUCACAGGAAAGGAAAUUGAGGAGAAGAUUGUCAAGUUUUCUCAACUUCGCGAACUAAAAGAGACUGAUAGUGUAUUUGUGGUUAUCAUGUCUCAUGGGAAGUUGGGAGCGGUUCUCGGAGUCAACACGAAAAAUGACGGUGACGAUGAGUUUCCCAUAGACAACAUUUACAGACACCUGGGCUCAGAGAGAUGUCCAGCUCUGCUGAACAAACCAAAGAUUGUUAUCAUCCAGGCCUGCAGAGGAGAAGAGAAAGGAUCUGUGUUUGUCAGUGAUAGUGCAAACCAAGCUAAUGAUGUGCCAGCUCCUGUUGUCAGCGAGGACUUUGCAAGAGAUGAAGCUAAUGAUGUGCCAGCUCCUCUUGUCAGUGAGGAUUUUGCAGAAGAUGCUGUGAAAUGUGUACACAAAGAAAAAGACUUCAUCUCUCUUCUCUCCUGCACACCUGAUACUGUUUCAUACAGACAUAAAGAUCAAGGGUCACUCCUCAUUCAGUACAUUGAUGAAGUUUUCAAGACUGAUGCACGUGAGGAUCACAUUUCCGAACUUUUCAGAAAAGUCCUGCGUAAGUUCGAAUCCUUCGAUGUUUCCAACAAAAGACAGAUGCCUUCUAUAGACAGAUGCACAGCAACGAAGCUUUUCUACCUCUAUCCAGGACUCUCAGGCACAACUCCACCUUAAUGUUUUCGUUCUGGCUUUUUAAACAGUUUUCUUUUUGCCACUAAAGCCACAAAUCAACUGGUUUCUGACAAGUUAUUUUCUUUCAACAUAAGAUACUGACAGUUGAUGACCAUAUGCUGUACAUAUAUUGAUUUGACUGAGUUUGUCCAUGUUCUAAAAAUAAAAAGUUCAUCAUAAAAUGUA